AUGAGACGACAUUCAAGGAUUACAAUAUUAUCAGUGCUACUACUUUCGCUAUUUGCAACUAUAGUUGUGCUAUAUGUAUCUUCGUACUCAAAAAGCUUUUAUAAUAUUCCUCCCAAGAUAAAAUUAGCACAAAAAUUAGAAUUAAAUAAGAAUUAUAAAAUUGAAGGACUAAAUUUUCAAUCAAAUUCUGGUCAACAAGUGAAAACAACUAAUAAAGUUCUGGAACAAUUAGCUAUACUAUUUCCUUUUGAUGAAAAUUUACCAAUUCCAAAAAUUUUAUGGCAAACUUGGAAAGUGGGUCUAGAAGAUGAAUCAUUCCCAGAGAAGUAUAAAAUUUACCAUCAAACUUGGACAGAAAAGAGUCCAGAAUAUGAAUAUAAUGUUUUAUCUGAUAAAAAGUGUGCUCAACUAGUGAAUGAAUUAUACAAAGAUAUACCUGAUGUUAUUAAAGCUUAUCAUGCAAUGCCUAAAAUUAUAUUAAAAGUUGAUUUCUUUCGGUACUUGAUAUUAUUUGCAAAAGGUGGGACCUAUUCUGAUAUGGAUACAGUUUCCCUAAAACCAUUUAAGGAUUGGCCGAGCUCUCAACUGGAGUAUUUAGGGGAACCAAUUAAUCCUGGUUUAGUUGUUGGUAUAGAAGCUGAUCCAGAUAGAGAAGAUUGGGCAGAUUGGUAUGCAAGACGUGUUCAAUUUUGUCAAUGGACAAUUCUACUGAAAAAAGGACAUCCGAUGCUAAGAGAACUAAUUGCUAAAAUUACAACUAUAACAUUAGCUAGAGAAUUAGCUGGUCAAUUAAAUGAAGUUUUUGAUAAAACAAAUAAUAAAAAUGAUGUAUUAAACUGGACUGGUCCAGGAAUAUUCACAGAUUUAGUAUUUCGAUACUUAAAUUUGAUGUUACAACUGAAAGAGGUGAAGGAUAAUGAUAGAAUUGAAGAGGUUGUUGGUAUAGAAUUUUUCACUCAUAUGGAACAACCUAUCGUAAUUGAAAAUAUUAUGAUUUUACCAAUUACUUGUUUUAGCCCUAGUGAUACUAAGAUGGGAGCAAAAGGUCCAAAUGACCCACUUAGUUUGCUAGAUCACGGCUUUGAUUCUUCGUGGAAAGAGCCUUGA